CCCCUUCCCAAAUUUUGCUGUCCCGAACGCUCCCACCAGGGCAACGUGGAUUUCUCAAACUGGAGUUGGCAAUAAAAUGGGAAGUACUCGAUGAGAUUUUAAGAAACGACGAAGGUGAACAUUGCUUCAGAGGGCAGCCGUUUCAGUCUGUAGAGGAACAGGUAGAUGCGAGCACCUUAGCGACUAACAAGAUUUUCGGAGCGUGAGCUUUCGAAAGUCAAAGCUCCCUUCGUCAGAAAGAAACGUAUACAGUAGAGCCUAAAUUUGUCAACCGGAAGCAAAAGUUUUGUAGGAAGACCUACCAGGCGCUUCUUGGAAUUUUUCAACACAGGGUGUUGUUUCAGCGGGGGGAAGUGCUGUGUGCCAGGCGAAAAUUUAACAGGUGCAGGCUCCCCCAUCUUAUCUUCAGAGUGUGGUUGUACUAAUUCAAGCUUUGCCUUUCACCCAAUGUUUAGUCGGACGAAAUCGCAGUCUUGUGUCAUAAAGAGAAACUUUUUUUUUUUGCAAAUCUCUCAGGAAAGCAAAUAAGCAACAGCUCUUCCCUCUUCACACCAAUAUUAUCCUCCGUAGCUUACUUUCUUUUGGGAAUGUGGUUACGUAACGAAAGGGACUCUUUAAUGUCGCCUGUCGUGAUUUUCCACAUUACCGCCGCUGAGCUGGUCCCACACAUGGAGGACUUUGUCGUGUUCAAUCAGAAUCCAGAAGUCUUGCUGAGGUGUCAUUCAGACUACAGUCUCUUAGGGUUGGGGUUCUGCGUAGGUCUCCUUCCGCUUCGGCAGGGAGAGGGGGAAGUGUGUGGAGCUGAUCGAGCUCAUGGCGGCUUUUGCGGAAGUAGGAUCGGGAAUGGUCUCAGGACAAGGCCGAAGGAAAGCUUAUGGCAAGGGGCGUACAGCUAAAACCUUGAAGUCUUUACAGUUUGCUAAUCUGGGACGACAUACUGAAUUUGCUCCAGAAGCAAACAAGAGGGAGAAAAGAAGGCUGCAAACAAAAAGUACAUCCAUUAAUUCAGACAGGCAAGUAAUACCAGCAAAGAGCAGAGUAUAUGACAGCCAAGGACUUCUGCUUUAUAGUGGGAUUGAUCUCUGUGACUGUCUUGAUGAAGAUUGCCUUGGAUGUUUUUAUGCUUGUCCCAAAUGUGGCUCCAACAAGUGUGGGCCUGAAUGUCGCUGUGACCGCAAAUGGUUGUAUGAGCAAAUCGAAAUAGAAGGAGGAGAAAUAAUUCGCAAUAAGCAUGUGGGAUAGCCUACAUGCCAUAUUCAAGUACUGUAUUGCAAGGAACUAAGGUCCAAAGCUUUAUACAUACAAAUAUACAUGAUUGUCUGAGAUUUCCAAUUGCCGUCCAGUGUGAUGUAUAUAAAGCAAAGCUCAGACAUAACACAUUUUCAGCAUUCUUUCUAUUCCUAUAGCUAUUACUACAAGGAAUAAACUAGUACAAAGUCUGAUUUGAGAGUUUUAAUGUUCAAGGAGGAUUAAAAUGAUCAGUAUUAGUCAUUUUGCAAUCUCUGCUCCAUAGUAGAGAUGCUGUUCCUUUCAAAAUAUUGUGAUGGUUACUUGAGUCACUUUAACCACUAGCAACCAUAACCAGUAUUAUUCCUUGAGUAAAUUGGUAAUUUGAUAGAGACAUUGCAUGAUGAGCAGAAAUAUUAAUAACAAACUAAAAUUGAUGACAAUUGUUUCAAUGAUGUUGAACAACGUUGUCAUUGUUUCAAUGAUGAUUAAUCUCUACUGGUUUACUUCAAGGGUUAGAAUGCUAGGUGUGAGUUUCUCAUUCAUAUUCUGAAUAGAAAUAAACCCUGUCCCUUGCUUUCAUCAGUAUGAUGAGAGGAGGGGGGGGGGGGACACAAGGUGUAUCAUCAGGAAGCCUCUCCAUUAUGCAUAUAUUGUUUAAGAACUUUAUGUUGAGUGUCUGUGCAGGCUGAAAGAAUUUAUGAAGUACAACACAAUCUGAUCUUGGUUGUAAAUGCACACAUUGACUGUUAGAUGAUAGCGGUUAUGGAGAUUGUAUUAUGACUUGUCUUUAAUCACUGAUUGUUGACAAGAGUAUGUAAGAUAUUUUUCAAGUAAUCCUUUUAAAAGAACCAUUAAUUGGCUGCAUUUUACUUGUUAGGGCAAUUUGCCACAUACCUAAAUUAAGACAAAUUCUAAGAGCAUCAACAUCUUUGUGUUGAUUUUUAGUAUAUUUAAGCUAUGAGACAGGGUUUUUUCUUACAAGACUGUAAUUAAAAAUUUUCACACCGUUGUUGGAGUUGAGCUAUAUAAGGUCCAGCUUCUGGUAAAUUUUGAUGAAAGUCACAGUAAAAAUGUUACUAGCUCUUAUAGUAUGUCAUGGUAGGAAAAGCAGCCUUCUGAGUCAGUGUGAACUUCAUUUUUUUAAAAACAGCCUAGUUUUUAUUUGAAGCUUUUCUUGAUAAAUUGUGUAUGUUAUGCAAUUAAAAGACUUGAAGAUAAAGUGCAGAAAAUUGGCUAUUACCUAAAACCUUUUAAGCAGCUUCAUAGCAGCUGGCAGACUACUUAUGCAGAUAGAAUUUCUACUCUCCCUGGCAAGUAGUAUUCUGCAAAGGCUGUUGUACAAUAAAAGUAUUUAAAUACACUUUGAGAAUUUUUAAAAAGAAAAUUAUCUUUCUUAUUUUGGCCAAUGCAACGCUGAGGCUUAAGAUUGUAAUGCAAUGGAAUACAACAUUCUUGUUGAAGUGUAUUUCUUUGGGUUGGAUCCUAAUAUUACUGUGCUGGCACAAUGAGUCCUGCCCAAUUCCCUUCCUUGUUAUAUUCCCUGUCCCAUGUAUGGUGUUCUGUCUACUCAAGUGUCAUAAUCUCCAGCACAGCAUUUUUGGGAUCUCCAUCUUGCACCAGCAGAAAAAGCUGGUAAAACGUAAUCUAUAUUUACAUUUAACUGGGGUUAAUACUGUUUCCAUACUUUUUUUAGUUUUCUCUUGAAUGAAUAUACUUCUUGUUCAGUGAUUGACCAGUAUAUAAAAUUCAUCCAAACGAAUGUAUUGGUAAAGUGUUCUAGAUAUAUAAAAAAAGGCUGCAUUUCUGUCUCAUCUGGUUAAGAUAUGUUGUUAAUACUGAAGAAAUUAGGAAUUUCCUGCUGUUAUCUUCUAAAUCAUGAUGCAGUUUUUAGUAAAUGUCAAACAUUGUCUUCAUGACGCCGUAUCUGCAAGAGGAAUAAAGGUUGUGCAAUUUGUUUUUAUUAUUCAGCUGCACUAAUAAAGAAAUUGACUUCAACAAAA